CACCUCCUAGCGGCGGUCAGUCGCUCCGGCAACCCUGGGCUUCCCAGGGGCCUCUUGGGCCAAGAUGGCAACGACGCGAAACAUGCUUCCGCAGAAACGGCUGCCCUUGGCGUCCCUCCGGGCCAUCAGCACCUCAUCUGUGGGAACUUUCCCAAAGCAGGUGAAAAUUGUGGAAGUUGGUCCCCGAGACGGACUACAAAAUGAAAAGAAUAUCGUACCUACUCCAGUGAAAAUCAAGCUGAUAGACAUGCUUUCUGAAGCAAGACUCCCUGUUAUAGAAGCCACCAGCUUUGUGUCUCCCAAGUGGGUUCCUCAGAUGGCUGACCAUGCAGAAGUCUUGAAGGGCAUCCAGAAGUUUCCUGGCAUCAGCUACCCAGUCUUGAUCCCAAAUGUCAAAGGCUUCCAGGCAGCGGUAGCUGCUGGAGCCAAGGAAGUGAGCCUCUUUGGAGCUGCCUCUGAGCUCUUCAGCAAGAAGAACAGCAACUGCUCCAUUGAAGAAAGUUUUCAGCGGUUUGACCAAAUCUUGAAGGCAGCUCAGGCCGCCAGUAUCCCUGUGCGGGGAUACGUCUCCUGUGUGCUUGGAUGCCCCUAUGAAGGGAAGAUCUCCCCCGCCAAAGUAGCUGAGGUCACCAAGAAGCUGUACUCAAUGGGCUGCUACGAGAUCUCCCUGGGGGAUACCACUGGCGUGGGUACCCCUGGCACCAUGAAGGAUAUGCUGUCUGCUGUCAUGUAUGAGGUGCCAGUGGCUGCCCUGGCUGUCCACUGCCAUGACACCUACGGCCAGGCCCUGGCCAACACCUUGAUGGCCCUGCAGGUAAUCCAGGCAUGUCCAUUCUCCCAAAGGGCAUGGCGGCAGGACAGCUGUGUUUCCUCUGUGCUUUCUGCAAGCCUUCACUGUGCUGAGUGCCGAUACCUGCAUGCCAGGCCCUGGGCUGGCUGUGGUAGACACAGACACAUGACCCUGCCCCCAAGUCCUCACAUCUGUGUGUUAGGGGCAACAGUGAGGGGGUUAGGUGAUAACCCUAAUGGAGCAUCGGGAAACUUGGCCACUGAGGACCUGGUGUACAUGCUAACUGGCUUGGGCAUUCACACGGGUGUGAAUCUUCAGAAGCUCCUGGAAGCUGGGACCUUUAUCUGUCAAGCCCUUAACAGAAAAACUGGCUCCAAAGUGGCUCAGGCUACCUAUAAACUGUGAGCCCUUGCCCACCUGAAGCUCUGGGCACUACGUGGGAAUAGGGCCGUGCAUGGAUGAUUCACAGAUGGACACCUGGAAAUGGGAAUGAAAUUAACGGGACCAGUCACCUCGCUGCCAGCUCUGCACAUAGGUCUCUCCGGGGAGAAAGGAGGCAAGGGUUAGAAGUCGCUUGGCCUCAGGCCCUCCCUGCCAGACCUGAGCAUGAGUGAGAGGCUUUGGGUGCUUGGAGGCCUCCCUUCACCAUGGACCCAGCAGUCCAGGAGUUGAAUCCCUUAGGGCAUUUGGGAACCCAAUUCCCAGGCUCGCGUUGAUCUUCAAAUCUCAUCUCUGGCUGAAAUCUGUAGCUGGCCACUCUCUACAGUUCAACCCUAUGGCCUUGGGGCCAUUGCUCUCUGAUUUGUAGGGCAAAGGGGCAUGGGGAGUGUUUUCCCCAAGCUGGCAGAGGACAUCGCUGAAAGGGUGAGGGCUGAGCUUCAGUAAAUGCCUCUGAAUGAAGGGUGAGUGGCCACCUGCCAACUCCAGCACCUCUGAAAAAUCUCCACUCGGAACAUGAUUUCUGAAAACAGCUAUGUAAUUAAAAGUUAAAUGAGAUAAAACCAUUCCAGUGUUCCGUGCAGAUGUGUGUACAUAUGAGUGGGGGAAUAAAACAUCUUUAUUUGCACUGA